AUGCACGACGCUGUCACGACCAUAUCCCCCGGCACUUUCCAAUCGUCUGAAAAUCCUCGUGCCUCUGCAGUGACGAAACAAGCAAAAAUCGCCAAAUCUGCUGAUUGGACUCGAGAUUCUGCUAAUAUGGAAGAUACGGCCUCCGAUCGCCGACAACACCAGAUCAAUUCUAUGUACAGCAAUCAACCUAUGCAGACGAAGUACCAGCCUUCAGCUUUCCGCCACUCCCCUCUCGAUCACAACACGGACAUGACCUUAUCGUCUGACGGUGUUGUUCAGAAUGGUGGACGAUGGCGCGUGAAUCACAAUGGUCAACUUGUCGACACCGAUGCGGACACUUCGUGGGACCUUGCUAACGAGCUCGUCAGGUUGAACAUUUCCAGUGGAAUAGAUGCUGGUGACGAUUUGCAUGGCCAAAUGCGCACGCCUCCUAAAUCGAAGCUUGCGGCUGCUGCCGUUGUCCAACUUCAAGAAUCGAGCCCUCUUGAAACUUCAUCCGACGCUAGCCUGGACUCUGGAUCGUCCCCUCAUGCUUCCGAACAACACCUCAUUCUUCCUUCACAUUCACGCGGCUCAUCGACGGAUACCACCUCGUCUAGUCAAAUAUCGGGCUCCGGGAAUACCCUACAGACGUCAGCCCUGGGUUUAAAUGUCGGCAGCGAACACAGGGAUAGGCCCCACUCUUUCGACGGUGGGCUUUCGAGUGCCGACCUGCGCCGCCUUCAAAAUGCUGGCUCGAGUGAUUCGACAGACCAGUCCCAUCAAUGGUCCGGUCUGCUGGCAACUGCGGAUAAACAAGCGCUGGCCGAGCAGACUGCCUAUCCCUCACUCUCCGGAUAUCCUCGUCAACACGGCCACACGCACGGUUCUGCCUCAUUCUCUCAGAUUCCAGACGACAUGCAGGUCAACUACGGCGUCCAGCAGCGUCAAUACCAGCCUAUCGCCGAGAAUAUGCACGUGGCUAACGCCUCCAAUGGCUUCAAUACUGGGCGAUCCAACGCUAGUAUGCCAUCAUAUCGCCCCCAGCCUGCACGUGGCUACAACCCGCAGAUGCAGUCCAUGGUACCCAGUAAUGCGACCCUGGGGUAUGUUGCCCCUCCCACCCACACCACCCACUUGUCGCUCGGGAACACCCAACAGUUGUACGACAUGAUGAUGCCCCUGCACGACAAUCCGGCUGUUGCCCGCGUGCAACAGCAGCACAACGUGUUCCGCGCCUCUCACCAACACUCGACAUCUGAUCCCAUUCAUCUGCGUGAGGCGGCCGCUCUGCUGAACGGCGGUAUGCCGCCCUACGCAGGGCCUGGAAUGUACCCCGGCGCGAUCGCCCCUGCUGCUAUAGGCAUGUAUCCUGGUCAAUUCUAUCCUCAAGACCAGUACUCGGCCGCGAACGUUGCUGCUCAAGUCAUGGCUGCUGCUCGACUGCAGUCACACUACGCAGCCCCAUAUGCUGUAGGGAUCCCGAGCCACGAUGUCAGCCAACCUAUGGGAAGCUCUGUCAGCGCCAUGAGUUCCAGCACUGGCGUUGCUGUUGAUCCCAGUGGCAACGGACCCAGUGCGAACAAUCGGAAGCUGGGCCUGUACAAGACGGAGUUGUGUAGGAGCUGGGAGGAAAAGGGUACUUGUCGUUACGGGCCUAAAUGUCAGUUUGCGCAUGGCGAAGAUGAGAUUCGCAAGGUGUCACGCCACCCGAAGUACAAGACCGAAAUAUGCAGGACAUUUUGGGUUUCUGGGUCCUGCCCUUACGGAAAGCGUUGCUGCUUUAUUCACACUGAGCUUCCUGCGUCGGGUGCGCCGCCAGGCGCCGAUGGCGCACCUCCGCCGAAGGUCAACCCAGAAACUCGUGGUCGGUCCGACAGUGACUCGGGCGAGGCUCCAGUCUCCCUUUUGGCUCGUAUUUCCGCCAAGCGCAAUCAGGAUGCCGUGAACAGCGCACAGAACCCGGACUUGGCUCCUUCGCCCAGCUAUCAACAAAACUCGCGCCCUGGGGCGCUCAGAGUCGACACAUCUUCCCUUGAUCAACCCAACAUCAAGCAGAACAAAUCAGCUUAUCCUUCAUUUGCUGCCAACGGGGUACUGUUUCCUAACGGAGAGACUUCAGGAAGUCUGUCCCCAGGACCCGUCACCGCCGGACCAGACCUCGGCAGGCAAAGGGCCGACUUCAUCGGUUACGGCCAGUCUCGCUUGAAUACAAGGAGCUCUUCGACGGCGCGCCAUUCUUUCAAUGGUUCUGACAUUAACUUGAACUUGAAUACCCCGCCGCCUACGUCUGGGCAAACUUCGCCAUUUGCGAUGUCGACUUCGGAAACUCCGACCGCGCGUCAGGGUGGGCACGCGCGCGCAGGCAGCGCUGGAAACUGGGGCUCCUUCUCUAGGAGUGGGCACCUCGCUGCGCCGUCUCCUUUUCACGGUCCGCAAUCGGCGAAUCCAGGCAAUGAGACGAGGAUGAACACGCCUUGGUUGUCUCCCGACCUCGGAACCAGCUCUCGUUACGCUGAGAAAAGCUGGGUCUGA